AUGUGUAAGGAAAAAGUCCAAAUGUCACGAUGGUUUAACAUGUCUGAAAUUUCUUAUUCCAGAAGAAAUGAUGAUUGCGUGGGUACAGAUGGGACCCAUUUGCCGAGUUGGCAAAGCCCCACACGGCUGAAGUGCGUGUAUGGCCUCCGGUUUCUUCGAUUUCUCCCUCCGCCAAGUCUGAGUUCUGAGAUUACAACGACAUCCAUACUGAAACCCCUAAACAACAACCCAUUGUCAUUAGCCCACAACUUUUCUUCUAACGGUGUUCUCCCUUUUUUGUUUUGUUGAUUUCAGCUUCUUUUAUUGCAAUGGAUGAUAUGAAGGACAAAGUCAAGGGUUUCAUGAAGAAAGUCAACAGCCCCUUCUCCUCAUCUUCCUCUGGUAAAUUCAAGGGCCAAGGCAGAGUCUUGGGUUCAUCUUCUUCAGGGCCCAGUAAUCCCAUCCAUACCCGACCUUCUCUACCCGUCGAAACCAAGCCUAAACCGCCCUCCGUGGCUCCGCCCAAUCCCAGGCCUCUCCCUCAAACAACACUUGCUUCUGAUCAGCGCAAGUCCAAUUCCGAUCAGAAUAAGUCCAAUUUUCAGCACAACAGCAAACCGGUGGACGGGUUUGAUCCAUUUGACUCAUUGGUCACUUCUGGGAAACGAUCCAAACAUGGGUAUUCCUUGAAUGUGUUCGAGUGUCCUAUUUGCGGUCAAUCCUUCACGUCUGAGGAAGAGACCACGAUUCAUGUCGAUAGCUGUGUAAAUAGUGGGGUUGAGCAUAAUGAUAAUCAGCAUUCUUCAGAAUUGUCCAAUGGUGAUAAUGGUUCAACUGAAUUGGAGGAUCGGGUAGGCGUUUUUCUAUCGGGUAAGCCUUCAGAGGGUUCCGUCGAGGUUGUUCUCAAGUUGUUGAGGAAUAUAGCUAAAGAACCAGGAAAUGCCAAGUUCCGUAGAAUUCGGAUGGGUAAUCCAAAGAUAAGGGAAGCCAUUAGCGAGGUUGUGGGAGGGGUUGAAUUGUUGGAGUGUGUCGGAUUUCAAUUGCGAGAGGAGGGUGGGGAGAUGUGGGCCGUGAUGGAAUCUGCUACAAAGGAUCACAUUGUUCUUAUUAAUAUGGCAGUAUCAUUAUUGGAACCGCAAAAGAUGGAGAAUUCAUCUUCUCCAGUUUCUGCGGCUGAUGUAGAAGAGCCCGUUGAGCUGAAAAAGGUCGACAGGCAGAUCCGGGUUUUCUUUUCUGUGCCUGAGAGCGUAGCAGCAAAAAUUGAGCUGCCAGAUUCUUUUUUCAACCUCUCGAUUGGAGAGCUGAAAAGAGAAGCCGAUGCAAGGAAGAAAAAGAUUGCAGAAUCUCAGCUUUUGAUCCCCAAGUCAUACAAGGAAAAACAGGCAAAAAUUGCAAGGAGGAGGUACACAAAAACUGUUAUUCGGGUCCAGUUUCCUGAUGGAGUUGUGCUCCAAGGUGUCUUUUCUCCUUGGGAACCAACCAGUGCUCUCUAUGAGUUUGUAAGCUCUGCACUAAAAGAACCAUGUUUGGAGUUUGACCUGUUACAUCCUGUGGUUAUUAAACGUCGGGUGAUACCGCAUUUUCCUGCAGCAGGAGAUAGAGCCACAACUUUAGAUGAAGAGGAACUGGUCCCCUCUGCUCUUAUCAAGUUCAAACCCAUUGAGACAGAUUCUGUUGUUUUCACUGGUCUUCGUAAUGAACUGCUUGAAAUCAGUGAACCACUCAUAAAUGAUUCAGCAGUUGCUCAAGCAUGAGCACCACCAAACAAAAUACCCUUUGUGGUCCACAUGGCUGAAAUUUUGUCUUCUAUAAUGGGUCCCUGAAUUGUUAAAAUCCUCAUGUACUAUCAUCAUGAUGUAUUUUUUCCAUCGAAUUCCUCUUUCUUCUGUCUCUGUUGGUCAUCCUUAGGUGAACAAUAGAUAAUUUUAUGUCAUGAAAACAUGUUUCUGUACUUUUUACUGUGUUCUUGACUGGCAAAAAGAUGCAUUUGAUUACAAUAAUAGCAUCAUUGUUUUCCUUGA